UGCCGGCCGGCUGAGACAAUGCUUACUCCUCCGAAAGCCAGCACAAGGACGGUGGCGAUGGCUUCUGGCACCGAGGCGGCCGCGGAGUGUGAGGACGCGGAGCUCCGGUGUCGAGUGGCCGUGGAGGAGCUGAGCCCAGGCGGACAGCCCCGGAAACGCCAAGCCCUGCGCACCGCGGAACUGAGCCUGGGGCGCAACGAGCGCCGCGAGCUGCUGCUGCGGCUGCAGGCGCCCGGGCCCGCGGGCCGGCCACGCUGCUUCCCGCUGCGCGCCGCGCGCCUCUUCACCCGCUUCGCCGGGGCCGGGCGCAGCACGCUGCGGCUCCCCGGCGACGGCGGCCCCCGGGCGGGCUCCGUGCAGCUGCUGCUCUCCGACUGUCCGCCAGACCGCCUGCGCCGCUUCCUGCGCACCCUGCGCUUGAAGUUGGCAGCUGCCCCGGGUCCGGGGCCCGCCUCGGCCCGCGCGCAGCUGCUCGGUCCCCGCCCCCGAGACUUUGUCACCAUCAGCCCAGUGCAGGCCGAGGAGCUGCGGCGGGCUGCGGCCGCCCGGGUUUCAGACGCCACGCUGGCCAAGAAGCCCAUGGAGACCCGGACGGGAGCCAAGCACAGUACAGAAACCCCAAAGUGGCCCCUGCCUGUGAAGAGGCUGAGCCUGCCCGCCACCAAGCCACAGCUUUCGGAGGAGCAGGCCGCUGUGCUGACAGUGGUGCUCAGAGGCCAGAGCGUCUUCCUCACCGGGAGCGCAGGCACAGGGAAGUCCUAUCUGCUGAAGCGUAUCCUGGGCUCACUACCCCCUACCGGCACGGUUGCCACAGCCAGCACUGGGGUGGCAGCCUGCCACAUUGGGGGCACCACCCUCCAUGCCUUUGCAGGGAUCGGCUCAGGCCAAGCCCCUCUGGCCCAGUGUGUGGCUCUGGCCCAGCGGCCAGGCGUGCGGCAAGGCUGGCUGAAUUGCCAACGGCUGGUCAUUGAUGAGAUCUCCAUGGUGGAGGCAGACUUGUUUGACAAGCUGGAAGCUGUGGCCAGAGCCGUCCGGCAGCAGAACAAGCCGUUUGGAGGGAUCCAGCUCAUUAUCUGUGGGGACUUUCUGCAGCUGCCACCGGUGACCAAGGGCUCUCGGCCUCCUCGAUUCUGUUUCCAGGCCAAGAGCUGGAGGAGGUGUGUGCCAGUGACCGUGGAGCUGACUGAGGUGUGGAGGCAGGCAGAUCAGUCCUUCAUCUCUCUGUUGCAGGCCGUGAGGCUGGGCAGAUGUUCAGACGAGGUAACCCGCCAGCUCCGAGCCACGGCUGCCCACAAAGUGGGGCGAGAUGGAAUUGAGGCCACGAGGCUCUGCACACACCAGGAUGACGUGGCCCUUACCAACGAGAAGCGACUGCGGGAGCUGCCAGGUGAGGUACACAGCUUUGAGGCGAUGGACAGCCACCCUGAGCUAGCCCGGACCCUGGAUGCCCAGUGUCCUGUUAGCCGACACCUUCAGCUGAAACUGGGUGCCCAGGUGAUGCUGGUGAAGAACUUGGCAGUGUCUCGGGGUUUGGUGAACGGCGCUCGAGGGGUAGUAGUUGGGUUCCAGGCCGAGGGGAGAGGGCUGCCCCAGGUGCGGUUCCUGUGUGGAGUCACUGAGGUCAUCCGCACUGACCGCUGGACAGUGCAGGUCACUGGAGGCCAGUUCGUCAGCCGGCAGCAGCUUCCCCUCCAGCUGGCCUGGGCGAUUUCCAUUCACAAAAGCCAGGGCAUGUCUCUGGAUUGUGUGGAAAUCUCUUUGGGCCGUGUGUUUGCCAGUGGUCAAGCUUAUGUGGCCCUCUCCCGGGCCCGUAGCCUACAGGGCCUACGUGUGGUGGACUUUGACCCCAUGGUGGUUUACUGUGACCCACGUGUACUACACUACUAUGCCACCCUGCGGCGGGGCAGAGGCUGCGGUCUGGAGGUCUCAGAUGAUGAUGCAGAGGUCUCAGACCAGGAGAACAUCGACCCAAACCUCUGACCUCAGCUGCAACAGGACAAGAGGAUGGACUAUCCAACUCCCAGCCCUAUCAUGGGCCAGGACCUCAGGGAAUACCCACCACAGGAGGGGCAAGUUCUCAGCUUCCUAGUAGGGCUAAAGGGAUAUUACUUCCCACCUGCUUACCAGCUGUGCCUCAGUUUCUGACAUUCCCUGGGUGAGCUGCUAUUAGGGUCAGAGCACAGAGGUUUCUGUGAGGACUAAACACAUAGCACCAAGUGCUGAGCUACCAGGACAGCAUCAUCCCCCAUUGGCAGCGUCCACCCUGUCUACUUUGUGUUGCUCUAAGACAAUACCUCAAGGCUGAGUACUUUAUACAGAAAAAGGGUUAUUUAGCUCGCAGUUGUGGAGGAUCAAGGGGAUGGCAUUGGCAUCUGCUCAGCUUUGAUGGCUUCAUGGAAGAUGGCAUCACUUGACAGGGCAUAUACCAAUGUUACCACACAGUGAGGAGGCAGGGGGAGGCCAGGCUCCCUCUGUUAUUUUUAUUUUUUGAGGUAGGGUCUCACUCUACCUCUGGCUAG